CUAUUAUUCUACAUUUAUACAAUACUAUACCAACAAUUCAGAGCAGUUUACUAAACAAAUUCGUAGAAAAAUUCCUGGAAAAUGUUCACAAGAUCAGCACUUCGUCCUUUGACCUUUGCCGCUUUUCGUUCGGUGGCCAACCAUUCCGCUGGAGGAGCCAUUAAACUUCCAGGGCGUAGACAUCCCGGCAAGGCAUUUUUGAGCCUCCGGCCCGAGGACUGGGUCAAAGGACCCAUUGGCGUCGGCCUGUUGGCCUAUCUGUGCUCCGAGGACUUCUGCGCCAUGAGGCACGAGCACAGUGGCCUGACUCUUGGCAUCAUGGAGGACGAGUACUACAGCAGUGGACUGACCCUCGGAAUCAUAGCCGUCCUUACUAUAAUGAAACUAAUCCCAGUGAUCGCCAAGUGGAGUGAUGGCGAGAUCAAAAAAAUCGACUCCGGCGUGCCUACGUUUAAGGUCCUGUCCAUCUCACCCCCGCAAGAGAAGGAAGGACUUAACCAGGAUAAUGCCAAUCGGAGCGAAAAGUCAAAAUAAUCGACUCAAUUUUUAUAUAUUUUAUUGAAUAAGAUAAAACCCAAAUGAAAAUUUGUUAAAUAUAUCAUCAAAAUGUCCCU